UAGCGCGUAUGGCCGGGUCAGCACCUCUUUGAUAUUGAAAUUGUCAGCAUGAGGACUGUCACUUUAUCGACCCCGACUCUCUCUGGACGUUGAGUGAACAAAAAAGUGGGCGAAAAAGUCCGACCCAUGGUGCUCUCUUUACUCCAAACCAGAUACCUUGUACACUCAUUAUCCGCGAUCGUGACCGCGAUCGACAGCAAUCUCAACAAGCUCUUGAAUUCAGGCAUUCUACCACGUCCCAUGUCACUCGUAUCCACGAUCAGCGAGGAUGGGGUGGAGAACCUGGCACCCUUCAGUUGGUUCAACACAGUCACGAACUACCCGCCUGUCAUCUCAUUCGCGAUCAACCACGAUGCUACGGGCAGCCUCAAAGACACGACCGCGAACCUAAAGAACGGCCAAGGCUUCGCCGUGAACAUCAUCAGCGAGGCUCCGCCAAUUAGUUUACCGGAACAAGGCUAUCAUGAUGAAGAGCUAUAAGGAUCGAGUUGAUUAACUGCGAGGAACGGAAAACAAGCACUGGGGAGUCACUCCUUGUAGCAGUCCUGCCAUCGGAGGAGUAUAAAAUGGAUCUCGAGAAGCCGGUGGUACCCAGAAUAAGAGCCGAUGAUUGGGUCCCAUUAUCCAUCCAUCUUCUCCUAGCACAA